AUGAUGGAUUUGCUCCUUAGUGACAUUGAUAGUUUCAGUGAGAGCAGUAGCUCUGAAGAUCAAGAUGACAUUGAAAUCAUGUAUGGUGGACAGGCUCAUUGUAUCCUGUCAAGUCUUGAGGAAACCAUCGGAAAAAUUGACGACUUUCUCUCAUUCGAGAGGGGUUUUAUUCCUGGAGACAUUGUGUGCUCAGUCAAAGACCCAUCAGGAGAGAUGGGAAGAGUGAUCAAUGUUGACAUGACUGUGGACUUGGAAAAUGUUUGUGGAAAUAAAAUAGAAGAUGUCAAUUCCAAAAAUCUUAGAAAAAUACGUUCAUUUUCAGUGGGAGAUGAUGUAGUCCAUGGGCCAUGGCUUGGAAAAGUUGAUAAAAUAGUUGAUCGUCUCACCAUCCUCUUUGAUGAUGGUACGAAGUGUGAGUUCACAACAAUGGGUCCUGAGAAGCUUGUACCUAUUUCUCCAGACUUACUUGAAGAUUCACUACACCCUUACUAUCCUGGACAAAGAGUGAAGGUUGAACUCUCAAAUGUUCCCAAAUCAGCUAGAUGGUUAUGUGGCAAGAGGAAGGAAAAAAGUGAUGAAGGAACAGUCUGUACUGUGGACGCAGGAUCUGUGUAUGUUAAUUGGCUUGGCUGUGCACUGGUUGGUGGUGAGAGAAUGCCUGCUCCGUCAUGUUUGCAGGAUUCUAAAAACUUGACCCUGUUGCAAUCUUUCUCUCAUGCAAAUUGGCAACUUGGUGAUUGGUGUAUCCUUCCAACUGCUGACCAUAACAGUAUUAUGGAGCAGAUCUUAUUUGGGGCAUCUAGUUGUGGGCUUAUUAAAGGGCAUAGUGAAUCAGAAAAUAAAUUUCAGAGGAGCAGCCUCAGUCCAAAUUUUCAAGAACUCUGUGUUAUCAUGAAGACAAAGACCAAAGUUGACGUUCUUUGGCAGGAUGGUCGGCAAUUGUUGGGAUUAGAUCCUCAAUCUCUGAUUCCCAUAAAUAUUGUUGAUGCUCAUGAUUUUUGGCCUGAACAGUUUGUGCUGGAAAAGGGAAGUUGUGAUGAUCCGCAUGUCCCUAGCAUCCAGAGAUGUGGUGUUGUGAAAUGUGUAGAUGCAAAAGAACGAACGGUGAAGGUAAAAUGGAAAAAAUUUGCAGCUAGUCUAGUGACUGACUGUGAAGGAGAGCAGAUGGAAGAGAUUGUGAGUGCUUAUGAACUGACUGAGCACCCAGACUACUCAUAUACCCUGGGUGAAGUGGUAUUUAGGCUGGAAAAGGGGCCCUUUGUUGAUCUAGCUGAUGGAAACGCCAAGGAGGACCCAGUGACCAGUAAGACGGGUAUGGUUAAGUGCGAUCUUGAAGGCAAAUGCUAUGAUAAUGAUCAGAAUCAAUACCCCAACAACAGUUACUUGUCUCGUAUUGGGAUGGUGGUGGGCUUUAAGAAUGGGGAUGUCGAAGUGAAAUGGGCUUCUGGUCUUACUACCAAGGUUGCACCUUAUGGGAUCACUGGGGCAGAUAAAUAUGAAGGUCUACAUGGUGCUCCUGUUCUUCAAGAUGUAAGUGUUGAGGAACUCAAUGAAGAGAUGACCGAGCAUCACAACCAAUCUUUAGGACUGGAAGGAAAGGAUUUGUUGGAUUUUAGUGGUACAGGGGAAGAUUCCCAAAAGAAUUUCUUGGACUCUGGUUCCUUUUCUUUUCCUCGAGCUGCUAUUGGGUUUUUCAUGAAUGUUGCUGCAAGUUUAUUUGGCACCCGGGGAUCCAAAUCAUUUUCAGUUGCACCUAAUCACGUGCCCGAAGAUGGGGCAAGAUCUGGGAUCCCCAAUGAGGAGGAGGUAUUGGAGUUUUGCAAUUUGUGCACUGAGGAGCAACCAUUACUAGAAAGUGACUUGACGAACUUCGGAGAGACAAACUUAGUGCAGAAAGUCAAAGAAACUCAGGAGGAUAAAAAUGAGAAGUUCUUAUCAGGUAGCCAGUGCCCAGACAAAUUUAAGCACUUUGAUAUGGUUAGUGGUUGCUCAGAUCACCACUUUGUCGAUGGUACUGGCAAGAGCUUAAUGUCAUGUCAGGUCAAUAGAGGUUGGCUGAAGAAGGUUCAGCAAGAGUGGAAUAUUUUGGAGAAAGAUAUUCCUGACACAAUCUAUGUCCGUGUCUAUGAGGAACGAAUGGAUUUGAUACGAGCAGCCAUCAUUGGUGCACCUGGAACUCCAUAUCAUGAUGGGCUUUUCUUCUUUGACAUUUUUCUUCCUCCAGAGUAUCCUUGCGAACCACCUAUGGUGUACUACAACUCUGGUGGGCUUCGUGUCAACCCUAAUUUGUAUGAGUCUGGAAAGGUCUGUCUGAGUCUACUCAAUACAUGGACAGGCACUGGCAGUGAAGUGUGGAAUUCAGGAAGCUCCACUAUUCUUCAAGUUCUCCUCUCGCUCCAAGCCCUUGUACUGAAUGAAAAGCCUUAUUUUAAUGAGGCUGGAUAUGAUAACCAGAUGGGAAGAGCUGAGGGGGAGAAAAACUCAGAAAGCUACAACGAAAAUGCGUUCCUUGUUAGCUGCAAGUCCAUGUUAUACCUACUGCGCAAGCCACCCAAGCAUUUUGAGGCACUGGUGAUGGAGCACUUUCGCCAUCAUGGCAGAUAUAUUCUAUUGGCUUGCAAGACAUAUAUGGAAGGAAUUCCAGUAGGUUGUGCUUUUGGAGACACCAAAAAGGAGCAAGAAAAUCCAAAGGGAAGCUCCACUGGUUUUAAGAUCAUGCUUGGCAAGCUCUUCCCCAAACUUGUAGAAGCAUUUUCUGAUAAGGGUAUUGAUUGCAGCCAAUUCGCUAAACCAGAAAAUGAAUGUGAAGCGAUGAAGCUGAGUACCCAAAUGCCUGUGUGAAAAGAAAGUAUCGUCAUCUGUAUAAUAUCAGCGCGUGCUUGGUGAAAGAUUGGGUUUUAAUGUUUUUUGUGUUAUGUCUGUUCAGUGUAUGCCUACCUACAAAGAAAGGAGAACUUUAUAGCGUAUUGAUGUGUGCUAUGUCGAAAGACAGUAUUGUCAUGUACAUAUACAGUCAUCGUGUGCUCGUGUUUUCUGUGAGACGCUUGUCCAGUGAUGGUAUGCCUUCAAGUAAAAAGAAGAACAAAAACUUUACAGCAUAUAGCUGUGUUGUAUCAUGGAAUGUAAGAAG